UAGACACUGCGUUCGAGAGCCGCGUAUUAACCGGUGUUGUCUUAAAUUCGCACUACAUCGAACCGCGUAACUUUCUUCAGGAUGCGAGAGACGUUGUGCUUGAGCAUAUAUGUGGGGUGCAUUGGUGAAACAUAAGACACUAAAAGUGAAUACCGCGUUUAAUGGAGAGUUUGUAGCGGGUGAUAAACGCUCAAAGAAGCGUAUCAGCACGAAAAACUGUGAAAUCUUCGGCGCGACCAAUCUCGAAGAGUGGUACGAGCAACGCGUCGUCGAACCUACCCUAGCAUCGCUGGAAGAAUUUCAAGAACGGGAUAGCGGAUGGGCGCUGUCGCGUAUACUCAAUUUAAUUGUUAACGUGAAUAAAUAUAUGCCGUUGCAUGCUGGAUGGAUCGUACAAUUACCGCGAGAAAUACAACUAAAGAGAGCUGUAAUCAACGUAUGCUCGAACGACAAUGCAUGUUUCGCGUGGUCAGUAGUGGCUGCUCUCCAACCAGCCGAAAGGGACUCAUGUCGGGCAUCGAAAUAUCCUUAUUAUUCAACGGUGUUCAAUAUCUAGGAUAUCGAAUUUCCAAUGACAUUGAACCAAAUUAAAAAGUUUGAACAGGUCAACAACAUCUCCAUCAACGUCUACACCACUGAAGAAAAGAAGGUUUUACCGAAACGGCUCGCCACACAGAAGAUGGAAAGACAUGUCAAUUUCCUGUAUUUAGAAGGAGCAAACGGCAUGUGGCAUUUCGCAUGGAUCAAAAACUUAUCUCACCUUGUGAGUUCACUAUUGAAUAAAAAUAAUCAUCAAAAAUACUUUUGCGAUAGAUGCUUGCACUACUUUAGUUCGAGUGAGAAGCUGGAUGCUCACACCGUAGAUUGCGAGAAGAUGAAUGAUUGCGCAAUCGUAUUACCAGAUGAUGACAGCAAGUGGCUCACCUUCAACAACUACAUACGGAAUGAGCGACUUCCAUUUGUGGUGUAUGCCAACUUCGAGUGCAUUCUAGAGAAAACGGAUACUGAUCGGGAAGCGCCAAGAUACACAUACCAGCAUCAUAAAGUAUUUAGUAUUGCAUAUUAUGUUCAAUGCACGUACGAUUCGUCCUUGUCGGUAUACCAAUGUCGUCGAUGCGAAUUGUGUUUCCUGGUUCGUCGAAGAAUUAAAGAAUUUGACACAUUUUGUUAAAUCAAUUUUAUCAAAUAACAUACAAAUGGAUGAUUUAACGAGCGAACAGCAGGAGGCAUUUCGCAACGCGACGCAUUGUCAAAUUUGGGAAAAACCGUUUGGAGAAAACGAUACGAGGGUGCGCAAUCAUUGCCAUCUAACCAGACGGUACAGAGGUUCCGCGCAAUCCAAUUGUAAUCUAAAUGAUAAAAACUCUUUUUGCAUUUCCAUAGUUUUUCAUAAUUUGUCCGGUUACGAUUCGCAUUUUAUUAUCGAAGAAAUAGCUACAGCCUUCGAGGGUGCCGUCAAUGUAUUCCCGAUAACAAAAGAAAAAUACAUCUCAUUCACAAAAAGUGUCGAAGAUUCAAAUGGACUGUCGCGAAAUUGUAUAAAAUUGAAAUUCAUCGUGUUUAACCACUGCAGUAUGAGCGUCGACUAUAGUCGACAGCCACAGACGAACGCGCACAGCCGAGCGUCGACUUUAGUCGACGGCCAGAGAUGAAGGCGAACCAGUACAGCCGGCUACCAACACCGAAGCUGAAAUUUUUACAGUGGUGGUGGCAGUGCCGUUUUUAGCAAUAUUCGCGCCCUGAGGAAGAUUAUCGUGGCGCCCAGUUAAAAUAUAUGGGGCAUUCCAAGUCGUUUCGACCACUUUUAGAGCUGACCAUUUUUUAUUUGGUUGAAAUUUAAAAUUUAAAAUUUUUGAAACAAUAAUUUUGAAUUAAAUUUUCGAAUUUUUCAUUUAUCAAAAUAAGAUUGUGAACAUUUAGAAAUAUCGUAAUAAAAAUAUAUGCUCUGCUGAUAUGCAUUACAAGUAAAGCUGCUUGUAAUGAAAAACAUACUUUCAGUGCUUCAAACGGAUUCGUCGUCGGUACACAGUACGAAGUAUCGUGCGCACUACGAGUGUCGGCUGUGGGCGCGGCCCGGCGGCCGAUGAGUGCCGUACCGAAGUGGUUAAUGUAGUAAUUUCCCUAGUAGCAAAGUCCCUUGAUCGGUAUGAAGUGUGGAGCAAAUUCCGUGCCGUGACACGAACCGCCGAUAUGCAGCGAGAACGCGUCUGUGAUACAAUCUGAGACUAGUUCUAAAGGGUCGCACAGAUUAUUUUGACGUGACGUGACGUGACGUGAGAACACGUCAGGCUACGUGGGCCCACGUCAGACAUGAGAAGUUGUCAGAAAUAAUGAAUCCUUCGAUAAUUCUGUGUUUAUGACACUUCGGUUAUUGAGGUCGAAACGGGUAUUAGAGAUUCUAAAAACCAUUCAACGCUAAAGACUCGAAAUACCUUAAAUCUCAAAAAUAACCUUUUCUCGACCGCAGGCCAAACGUAACAACAAAAUUUCAAUGUUAUAUUCCUUGCGACGGAACACUCUUUUUUUUUUUGCAAUGUCAAAGAGGUAUCGCGGUAGGCGAUGUUAACUACUUCAGACGUGUAGUUGUCCAGUUUGUCAACAACCAACCUAUCCGUGUGAGAUUUAAUAACGUUUAACGUUUAAUAACGAUAUUAAA